UUCACUUAUCAGGUUUUGCUUCCCACGCUGACAGCAGUGAGUAGUGUGAUCAUAGCCACGUCAGAUAACUCCACGCCGAGUUCUUCAUCAUACAAAGUUACGAUCUGGGCCUGCCAGGUGAGCACUUCAAUCGACAUAGAUCCAGACUCUGACAACAGCAACAUGGCUGAAAAUGUCGAAUCCAAACAGGCCAGGAUCGACAGACUGAAGGCCAAUAUACCCACCGUCCCAGACUUCCCCAAGCCAGGGAUCCUUUUCUGGGAUAUCAUGCCAAUCAUGCAGAACCCUGAAGUGUUCUCAGACUCUGUAGCCCUGCUGGAAGAGCAUGUCAAAGAAUCAGGAAUCAAAGUGGAUGUAGUUGUAGGGCAACUCAGAUGUACUAGUACGUUUUUUCCCCACAACAAAAAGUGUGAACCAAAUGGCUGGCACCAUAAUGUAGUUGGUCAUCUGCAAAAAUAUUCAAU